AUGGUAACAGCAGUGCAGUGUGUGAUAGCCAAGUUGCUGGCCCCCCUAUGGAGAAAGGUAGAGGAGGAUGAAGAGGAUGGGUUCGAUGGGGCAGGUAAGUCUACAAAUGAGCUCACCAAGCAGCCUGACAGCUUCUCAAUGCACCUGUCCUGUUUCAGUCAACAGCAAAUGAAUGCUAUAAAUCCCAGAAUGAGAUAGAUCCAACACUGCCAGUGCCUACGACCCACCUGUUCUCAGGGGAAUUUUAAGUACUUUUGUGUCAAAAACCUCCAAAUGAUUUGGUGAAAACCCUUGACAUUUACGUUUUUCAAUGCAAUGAUCAAUGACCAGUCAUAAUCUUUUGUGUGUCAGCGAUGGAGGAGAUCCGCAACGUGCGCUGCGGCGUGGUGACCCUACUGUGUCAGGACUACGGCAUGAUCGACGACGAAGUCUACUUCACCACUGGAGAGGUGCUGGGAGGGGUGCCACUCAGGGUCGGGGAUGCAGUCAACGGCCUUGCAGUACGAGACAGUGCCCAAGGAGGGUGGAAAGCACUGA